UUGUUUUCCAGGUUCAAUGAAGCGACCAUUGGGAUUGACAGGCGUGUGCUUCCAACUGACCUUCUACAAUCUAAAUACGUUCAUCUCAUCGAGAAAUGUCGGUCAACAACUCCUGAGGAAGCUCUGAAGGAAACUGAGAAGAUGUUAUCAAGCGUGGAAUCACAUUCGGCCGAGCUCACUUUGCAGGCGAUCGGUAUGGCGUUAGCUCAGAUAGCGGUCAAACUGCGAACAUUGGAGAAUAUUGACCCCUCUAUCCGCUCUUCCCUGGUUUCUCAGUGUUGUGCUUUACUUGAAAACAGAUGGUGUUCUUCCAGAGCAGCUUCUAUAGUGAGCGCUGUGCCAGUGUGUUUAGGCCUCGUGACUCACUACUACCAGAAUGUUUACGUUCUACAGGUUCGCUUUAGUCUUUGA